AACGGACCCAGGCAGGGUGGCACCGGAACAGGAGUAGUCUCUACUGGACACCAGCUUGGUGGGUUCGAGUCCUGCAAGAAUGCGCGCCCUACCGACCCUGGACUCGCUUGCCAGAAUGCGACCACCUCUCGGGGACCCUAGGGCAGCGGAGGACACUCUCACCGCGCCGCCAGCGAACAAGAGCGCUGUGGAGAGACUGGCGGCUGACCGCGCCAAGUAUGUUCGCAGCACGCUGGGAUCUAGCCGGGGUCCUGUACCCGAACGCAGGGUCCCUGAGGCCACAGGGGUGCAGCACCGCAACCCGAUCCCUUCCGCUCUUGCCCCAACUCCUGUAGCCCGCAGGGCUCUCGCUCGAAAGCCUCUGAGACCUGAUUCAUUGGUCAUCUAUAGGCAGAAAUGUGAAUUUGUCCGAGGGUCAGAUGCAGACUGUUCCAGAGUGGGACUGAUGAAGAAGUUUUUCCAGGGGGCUGGCAAGGACAAAAUGGCAGUGGCCCCUGAGACGACCGGGGUGGCCGAUGAGGAUAAGACGAAGGAGACAGAGGCCACUUGGACUAAGUCGAGCAAGGCAGCAGCCGCUGGACCAGCCUCUAUGUUACCACCUCCAGCCCCUGUAGUAGCCGUGAAGUCUCCAACAUUGCCUCUUGAAGUGACUCCCAAGGUUCCCGUCGGAUGCUCCGGAGUGGAGCUGCGGGUGUCUCGUAGCAAAGGAUUGCAGCGCUCUCAGUCAGAUCUCAGCUCCCGCUACUCGAUAGCCAAGGCUGAGUCUGACACCUUCUUCCAGUAUUGUGGCCUGGACCCUGACGUAGUGGAGGCUCUCGGGAGGGAGAACUUCUCUGCUGGAUCCGACUGUGUUACACUCAAAGUGCGUAGCGUGAGCAUGGCUACUUCUGAUAGUAGCUUCUCCUCCAGGCACAGCGAGGAUGGGUUGCAAGAAGAGGAGCUCCUGGAGCAGGUGCCUAGCACCACCUCCGUAGUAGAAAGGAAUGCCCGUAUCAUAAAGUGGCUGUUUACCUGCAAGAAGGCCAAAGAAACCCCCAGCCAGAAGUUACAGGGACCUGCCUGAUUGACAUCUGAUCCAGGAAGCAAACUUCCCCGGUGAUGAACGGACCCUUAAAUUGUAGUCGUCUGAGGCUCCAGAGCCAUGUGUUUGGUGUAUCCCAAUGAUACCUAAUUGCUGCUGUCCCAGGAAUAAAGCACUCUGUGGAUAAGGCUUAUUAAUUAGGCACGAUGACGUGCUGUGGGGAAGAUGGGAGGGCAGAUAUUAGAGGCCAUGAGAAGCAUUCUCCUUGCAAGAGGGUAUCUCAAAAGGACAGCUGAAGAAAUGGCAGCUGUUGGAGUAUAUUUUCAGGACAUUUGUUGGUCUGGCUUAAUGAUGGUUUCUGUAAUGUGUUUUGAUAAUAUUUAAUAUUAAUAAAUCAAAUAUAUAGGCGUUUUUAAAGAAAAGAAGAAAGUAUGAAAUCAAGCAUGGAUGCAGUGGUAUUUCCCUUUCAACUAAUUUAUACCCCUUUCAGGUUCUGUGAGCCCAAAGUGCUAUUAGUCUCCAUAAGUGCUAUGGCUGAGACAAUCACCCAACACACACACACUGGUUGCCAAUCCUCCCUGUAUAACUAAGCUUCAGUUAUUCCUAUAUUAUACAACUGAUAGUAUUUUGUAAUGAUUUAGAGAGGACAUUUAAAAUCACUUGAGGGCUUUAUAUUCAUUGGUUAAUGCCACUUUCUGCUUGGUCAUAAGUAUGUGGAAGCACCCAUUGAGAGAUUCGUGAGAACUGAGAUCCUGCCGAAAGAAAAGUGCUAUUUUGUACUUGAACAGUUUCUUGAGAUUUGGCCAAUAUUUAUGGAGUCCUUUUAUUAGCUCUUGAACAAUGGUUCCAAUAGGAUGUGCUUGGUGACACCCUCCUUCUUAACUUUGAAAGAAGAUAGAAACGGGUUCACCACACAAUGCCUGAAGUCUGGUUCCACUUCACAUACCAUGGAAUUACCUGCAUUUGGCAUCAUCCCAUUGUUUGCAAAGGAUGUGUUGUGAAGCAAGGGCUGCCUCUGGGGUUUGAGAGGUUCUGUGUUCUCAGUAUGGUUAAGAAGGUACUGGAACCCUAGUUCUGAACUUGUCCGUGACACUCACGGUAAAAGAAUUUUAGAUUCAGAAUCUUCUGAGAGAAAUGAUGUGUGAACAACAACCCAAAGAGAAAUUAUCAGUCUGCUCUUUCAAAGUUUACUGUAUUUUAUCAAAACAUGUUUCUUUAAUCAUAAAGUCAUGCAAUAUGAGAGCAAAGAGUAUGGAAAAAAAUUUCUCAAUGGUAACAUUUUGUGUCACGGCAGUUUGGAAUGUCCCUGCAUGUAGUUUAAAAAUGUAUUAUGUGUAACUUUUAUUGUAAGCGUAGUUUUUUGAGUUAUAAAAAUAUUUAUUUAAAAAAAAUUCAUUCUUGUAGUAGCUAGUCCUCAGAUGGGCUUUUUUUUUUCCCACAUGGCUUCUCUUUCAUCAGUUCAUCUUUUAAAAUAAUUUCUCUUUUCUUUCUUUUGUCAUCUUUUCGUGCAUAUUGUUUAUUUGAAUGUUUAUCUUUGGUUUCCAUGUGGAGCUCUGUGGAGCUUGCUUCAAAUUCAUCACAGAUGAUCAUUUAUGGGGUUCUGCCUGUCAAGGCAGCUCAGGAAGUGUGUCCUGUGCCAUCUGCUAACGCUGCUGUUUUGCAUGUCACUGUAUUGUACUUAAUCUUAAAAGUUAUCAUGAUGACAGCAAUUUGGAAAAGAUGUUUAGAUAUGUACAAUUCAUGUUUUUCAGGUAUUUUAUUAAUUUUACAUGUGAGUGACUUGAAUGAAGACUUUGGGGCCAGAGAGAUGCUUGCAGUUAGGAGGGCAUGGGACUUACUCUUUCCCCCACUCUGGUAUUAAGUUACUGCUUGCAAAGAAUAGUGUAUAAAAAAUGUAAUUAAAUAUUUUGGAAAGAUAAAGUAAUGAUAGUGACUCAACAGUGGCCUUUUGAACUGCUCUGUGGGAACACACUAGCAGUGUACAGAUGGAAAGAGAUUGGUGGGCCAGGGAAUUUAUUCAUUCUGUAUGCAGAUAUUUAUACCCAUGACUUCACUGGACUCUUGUCCCAGCAGUUCAGAGUUGAUAACAAUACUAAAGCUGGCACUUCCUGGAUCCUGGCUUGUAACUUUCAGCAGGCGAGGCAACCCUGAAGUGAGAGUGUGUUUAUUGUGAUCCUUCCUAGUUGUAUCUUUGCCUUGCAAAGUUGUGGAUUUUCUUGAAAGGAAAGCCUUCCAAGACUUGCCUAAUGGAGAUGCAUGGUGUUUGAAGUCUUCAGCUCUCCUGUAUGUGGACUGUAGUAAAACGAUUUAGAGCAUUUA